GCCCACUUCAGGCCCCGAGCGGUCAUAUGACCAGCGGCACUUCCAAGAUGGCGUCCUCCCUGAAGGUGGGGCCUGCGCUGCGGGGGCUCUUGCGGGGCUCCGAGGCGCAGCGGCUGCCGGAGGAGCUGCGGGCCGAGCUGGAGGCGGCCCUGGCCGAAGAGGAGCCCCGCUUGUCCUUCCACUUCGUCCGAAAGCUCCACCGAGCGCUGCGGGAGGCGGGUUCUCAGGUAUAUCUUCAUGAACUGCUGGAAGGCAGUGAGAUCUUCCUUCCUGAAGAGAAAAAGCCUCCCAGGAAUCCAGAAUUAGUAGCCCGGUUAGAGAAGAUCAAGGCCCAGCUAGCCAACGAGGAAUACAAGAAGAUAACAAGGAACAUCAACUGCCAGGAACUGAACCGAUACGGCACUUUGGCUGACCUUGGAAGGCAAGUGAGGUCCACCAAAGCCUUGGUUGUCACCAUCGUCAACUUCCUGGUCACCGUGGGAGCCACGUUUGCCUGCACCUACCUGGGCUCCCAAUACAUCUUCGUGGAAAUGGCACCGCGUGUCCUGUCUGCCGUGGUCGUGGCCUCUGUCGUGGGCUUGGCUGAGCUCUAUGUGAUGGUUCGGAACCUGGAAGGAGAACUGGGGGAGCCAUAGCCAAGGAGCCCUUCCUGCCUGGCCUUUCUCUUGGCCUGCUCUCCCCAUCCUUGCUGCUCCCCACUCGCGGCCGGGGAGGUGGGCUCGGCCCCCAGAGGCCACCUGCAAAUCCCAGUACAAACUUCCAAGGAGGAACAGGACAUUCUCAGUGCAACUUCCUCUUGCGGCUACAGACAAGUUGGCUCCUUUUCCUUCCCCUGAGGCCUCUGUGCUGUGAAAAGCCUUUCCCCAACAGGCCUCCCUUUUCUCUGGCACAAGUAAUCUGGUGUGUUUUCAGUAGUGUUGGGUUUUUUCCCUGCAGGCCCUGAAGCUGCAAAGGGUCCAGGACUAGGGGAUAGCAACUUCACACCAACAGGAGGAGAUUUUUCCUCAUGUUUCUGUCACACCCG